AUGAGCAGACCCAACAUCACUCUGCACUCUGAAUUCUUUAUUGUGGGACUGCCAACUCCAGAUGAACAGGACACUGCACUCUUUAUCAUCUUCCUCAUCCUCUUCUUGGCUACAUUCCUGGGCAACCUGCUCAUUGUGGUGCUGAUUUCCCUGGACCACCGACUCCACAUGCCCAUGUACUUCUUCCUGUGGAACCUGUCUGUCUUAGACAUAUUAAUGACAACAUCAAUCAUACCCAAGAUGCUAGCUGGUCUGUUAGGUCAGAAAACCAUCUUAUUCACAGGUUGCUUUGGGCAGAUGUACUUUAUCAUCUCAUUUACAGCUGUGGAAGGAUUCCUUGUUGCAGCAAUGGCUUAUGACAGAUAUGUUGCUGUAGUGAAACCACUGCAUUACAACACCUUAAUCAGCACCAAGGUUUGUAUUACAAUGACGACCGCAGCCUGGGUACUCGGCGUCCUUGCCUCACUUUUGUCGGUCGUCCCAGCAAGCACUUUGCCAUUCUGUGGAUCAAACCUUAUCCUACAUAUUGUCUGUGACUACCGCACUGUAAUGGUAUUAGCUUGUGGCGAUGUUACAGCUCAAAUCAAUUUUACCCUUUUAAUUGCCACACUUGCAAUCUGCAUCCAAUUUUUCUAUGUCUUAUGGACAUAUUGUAGAAUCAUAGCAUCAGUAAUGAAACUGAAAACUGUGGAGAGCUGUAAGAAGGCCUUCUCAAUGUGCUCCUCACAUGUGACUGUCGUCUUUCUAUACUAUGUUUCUGGUGCUGUGGUUUAUAUUGGGUUGAGGGUUGAGAGUAUCCCUCCUGAUGGGCGCAUCAUCAUUGGUGCAGUUUUCUAUUUCCUCACCCCUUUGCUCAACCCCAUCAUAUACAGCUUAAGGAAUGAGAAAAUCAAGGCAGCACUAGGCAAAUCUUUAAGAGGAAAACUUACUUCACUCUGCAAAAGACCAAAAAUGUUUAAUGAAAAUCCCCACCUACGAGCAAAACAGUGA